GUCUGCUUUGAUGCGUCGUGCAGCCACGUCGCGCCGCAGUAGCUGUUAUGUACGCAGCUCUACGGUAGAAUCUCCGUACCCCAUGCAUGCAGUUAUUGACGGGAUGCAGGUGAGCACGAGCUCGCGAGGCCGCGAUCCGACCCUAGCCUAGCCUAGCCUGCAAGGAGAAUGGCGUCCCCAGCAUCGGGAAAGCGCUCGACUUCAAGUCCCCUUCCAAUAAAGAAAGGACGAUCGUACUCUAUUGAGGGAGCUGCCAAUGGAGCAAUCACCUCUCCAGCGGCAGCAAAAGACCUUACCGGCGGUCAUGCUUCGUCGUCGUUCAAGUCUGCGCCACUAUCGAAGAUGGGUUCCAGAAAGAGAGUAACAUCAAUGUCGUCCUCUCUUUCCGAGAGCUACUCCUCAACAUCCGGGAGUAGCUACUCAUCCAGCUCGGACGAAGAUUUGUCCCCCAGAGAAAAUAUCGUGGCCAACACGAAAGGAUUUUCAGACUUCCGGGUGAAGAGUCUGUCACUGGCUGACUAUGGCCGGAAGGAGAUUGAGAUUGCUGAGCAAGAAAUGGGAGCCCUCAUGUUACUUCGGCGGCGUGCACAUGAAGAACGGAGGCUGGUGGGAGCACGUAUCGCUGGCUGCACGCACAUAACGGCACAAGCCGCUGUUCUCAUCGAAACUCUCGUCGCCUGCGGUGCAGAAGUGCGGUGGUGCGCCUGCAAUAUCCAUUCCACGCAGAACGAGGUUGCUGCCGCUUUGGCAGAAGCAGGAUAUCCGGUCUUUGCAUGGCGGGGUGAAAGUGAAGAGGAUUUCUGGUGGUGCAUUGAGCAGUGUGUCCACACAGACAACUGGCAGCCCAACUUGCUGUUGGACGAUGGUGGAGAUGCAACACAUCUAAUGCACAAGAAGUAUGAAGGCUCCUUCAAGCUUCUCCGUGGUGUUGUCGAGGAGAGCGUUACUGGAGUCCAUCGUUUGUAUCAGCUGGCAAAGAGUGGCAAGCUCUGUGUGCCAGCAAUCAAUGUCAACGACUCCGUGGUAAAGUCGAAGUUUGACAACCACUACUGCUGCCGUGAGUCUGUGCUGGACGGUAUCAAGAGAGCCACGGAUACAAUGUUUGGAGGCAAACAUGUAUGUGUUUGUGGCUAUGGCGAGGUGGGCAAGGGCUGUGCGAGUGCUUUGAAGGGCCUGGGUGCAGUGGUGUGCGUGACUGAGAUCGAUCCUAUCUGUGCUCUCCAAGCCAGCUUUGAUGGGUUCCGUGUGGUACGUCUUGAAGAGGCUGUAAAGUCAAUUGACCUUCUCAUCACGUGUACCGGCAACAAACAUGUGGUGUCACGUGAGCACAUGAACAACUUGAAGAGUGGCUGCAUCGUGUGUAACAUGGGCCACUCCAAUACUGAGAUUGACGUGGACAGUAUCCGUGACCUGCGCUGGUUGCAUGUUCGAUCGCAGGUUGACCACGUCAUCUGGCCAGAUGGCAGGCGGAUAGUGCUGUUGGCCGAGGGUCGACUAGUUAAUUUAUGUUGCUCCAGUAUACCAUCGUUUGUUGUCUCCAUUGCCGCAUCAACACAGAUUCUUGCCCUUAUUGAGCUAUUCAGAGCCCCAAGUGGACGCUACAAGCAUGACGUGUAUUUGCUGCCGAAGAAAAUGGAUGAGUAUGUGGCCAGUUUGCAUCUGAGCACGUUUGAUGCUCACCUGACUGAGCUGUCAGACGAACAAGCAUCCUAUCUCAACCUUCCUAAGGCCGGACCGUUCAAGCCUCACUACUACAGGUACUAGAUCAUGGUGCUGUGAUCAGUGGGGAAACUAGCUACCUUGUGCGGCUGCGGGUAUUUACGAUGGCAUGCCUACCUGCGUCUUGACAUUGGAUGCACACGGUGCCUUCUACUCUCCCGGUUCAGCUCCAUGGCUACUGCUACUGCUGCUGGACGUGUCGUGCCAGUAUCCCAGUCAGACGCCAGUAUGCAUGUAGUAUGCAUGUAGGUGUAGCUCCCCUGUAUCCAGUGUUCUCGAGUGUAACGUCCUAGCCAGAGUACACUAGCUACCAUGCAUAUGAGCUACCAAGGCACAGAGGCGAUUAUCUGCAUCUCUCUCUCUCUCUCUUUCUCUCGCUCUCUCUGCUUGCAUUGGGACUCAAUGCAGCGGUUUCUUGCAUCCAGUCUGGCAUAAUUUAUUCUCUACAAGCCUUGGUGUUGGCUUUAGGUCUUCUCCUAUUUCUCAUUCUGAAAUCUUUCUUAUAUGAUGAAAAGUAUGGUCUAUCACCUCAGAAGUCUUUCUUUAUCCCAACUAGUUUCUUUUCUCUCUGGUUGUCCUCGUCUUGUAUUAUUUUGGGAUGCACUGGCCAUAUUUGUGCGUUGUUUUUUGUCUUUCUGAUUUUUAGGUUACAGUUGUUCCCAUUUUAAUAGAUUUUGUGCGUUUUUUUUACAGUCUUGUUUGUUUUAUGCUCGUGCUGUUUUAUGUUUGCCAUUCUUAGAGUCUGUAGUGCUAGGGCAGUGCUUUUUAUCACAUCACUGUCACUACUCUACAGUUUUCUGCCAGUCUAACAAAAGUGCUUAGGGCUAUCUAGCAGUACGGCGUGCCAGUCUUGUUUUCCUGUCGUCCUGCUCUCGAGGUGAUGUUGUCUACUUCAGCAAUGUCUCGUGACACGCUUCACAUCAGUUUGAUUAUUUAUGGUUGGUGCGUUUUGAAAUAUACACAUGUCUUGUUGA